UUUUAUGUGGCCCUGUGCUGUUGUGUCCUUGUGUUCAAACUCCACCUUCUGUCAAGUAAUGGCAUGCAAACUUUGGAAGUCCACACCCCUGUUCAGCAAUAUGCUUCCAGUAGCAAUUCAGAUCAGCAGUUCUGAGCUAUACAGUAAAAAUGGGACUUAAGUUUCUUUAAACUGGUAGUUUAUUUAUAGUUAAAAUUGUGAGGAAGAAUUAAGAAGCCUAAACAGUUAAGUUACAGUAUGUCUGCCCUGGAUUACAAGAAUGUUUGUUUUGGAUAACAAGAGCUUUCAACUGAUUGCAAGACUGAUACAGAAGGAGGCUGCAUGGUGGCUUGUCAACAGUGUGGAGUCAUUAGCUCUUUGGAAGUCGGGUCCUAAGAGGUAGCAGCCCUGAUGGAUCUGACCCUGUGGCAGUACCAGUUCCGGAUCAUCAUGCUGGGGGACUCCACCGUGGGGAAGUCCUCUCUAUUAAAGCGAUACACUGAAGAUCUGUUUCUGGACACCAUCAACCAGACGGUGGGCGUAGACUUCUAUGUGCACUUCCUGGAAGUGGAACCAGGCGUACGAGUCAAACUGCAGUUCUGGGACACAGCCGGACAGGAGAGGUUCAGGUCAGUAACUCGCUCCUAUUACCGCAAUUCUGUGGGAGGACUUCUGGUGUUCGACAUGACCAACCGAGCCUCAUUCGAGCACAUUAAAGAAUGGCACGCGGAGGUUUGUGAGAGAGUCCAACCCUUCAAGGUGGUCUUUGUCCUGGUGGGCCAUAAGGGGGACCUGGAGGAGAACGGGGAAAGGGCGGUGAGCCGGGACGAGGCGGAGAAACUGGCCGGACAGUUGGGAAUGCCAUAUGUGGAAACUUCGGCUAAAACUGGGCAAAAUGUGAGGGAGGCGUUCGAGAUGGUGGCACGGAGAGUGUACCAGGGGCUGCUGAGCGGAGAGGUGCAACUACAGGAGGGCUGGGAUGGGAUCAAGUGUGCCGCUCCUCAGGCUCUACAGUUGAGGAGGGCCAGUAUGGCUCAAGCUAAUGCCGCCGCCAAGGAGAAGAAAUGUUGUCCUUGAACUGGGUAGUGGUUUGAAGUAGGGCUGGGCGAUCUGACAAUAUGACAUUUAUCCACAAUGAAUGUCAAUCUUGUCGUGCCGUUUAAAUUGAGUCGCACAGCACAAAUUUGAAGUAGAGGUGAAUGGUUAUACGUGGUCAACAUACAAGACGCAAUAUUGAACAAGCUGUUUUGAAGCUAUACAUGUCUCUGAUUGGCUAAUUCACCUGUCAAUCACGCCCAUCUGAAAACAGGGAGCUUCACGGGUGACCAGACUCGCAUAUUUUUAAAGUAUUGAAGAAGUGUGUACUCUGGGUCACAGGUAAAUAAUUCCCAAAAUUAUCGAGAUAUUCAUCUUUGAUCAAUAUCCAAAAUACUGUAGGUCAUCUCUAGUCUUUCAUUUGUAUUUUCUAACAAUAAGAUAAGUAAAAAAAAAAAAAAAAAAUUAAAAUGAAAUACACUUUUAUUUAUUUUUCUGUUGAGGUUACCCCAUAGCUCUAUAUGAAAGCCUAAAUAGUAAUAAGUUGAACUGUUAAUGCUGUGUUGAUUGUAGAAUUGCACAACAUUUGAAUAAUUGUUUUGGUUUAUUAUAAUAUUUGAAAUGUUUUGAGGUAAAUUCCAUCUUUUCAUCUGUUUGCAAAUGCCGGACACCGUAAGUUAGACCACAGGGUAACUGAUUAGAGUAGAGAGAAGGGAAAGCAUCGCAAAAGCAUUUCAAAUUAGGUAAAGUUUUGGGAUUGCAGUCAACUAGCAAGGGCCAUAAUUUAUAACGUUGAUCAGCGGAAACAUGGAAGUCAUUUUUACCAACUACCCAGAACGCCUCUUACUCUUAGUACUUUGAGUCCUAAUACAUAAAAAGCCUAUAAGCACCUUGGAUUUGACUUAAAAUAUGGGGUUGGUUUAGUUUUGUACCAUGGAAUGUAACCCACACCUACCAAAAAGGUCCAGACUGUUCUUUUCGGGCUGGAACUUUUUUUUUUUUUUUUUCAGAUUUGUGGAUCAUCAGUACAUGGUGGCAAGAAGAAAACUUUUAUUUAGGUUCAUUACUAUUGUCUAGUAGUCAUAGUCAAUUACCGAUAGUUAUGUUUUUGGGUUUUUGGGCUCAGGACAUUCCUUCAGACUGAGCAUUGACUUCCAUGUCUUGUAAAUAAUUGCUCACCAUGUAUUCUGAAGUCCAAUGGAUUAAAAUUCCUAAUCCUUCUCUUCAUUGUGACGUAGUUAAUCUAAGUUAUCCCAUGUUCUAACUAAUGGUGUCUUUACGUUUGAAGCGGUCUGUGUAUGUAUGAACUGACAUAAUUUAAAAACUGCAUUUUACAUUAACCUUUGACUAAUUGAAAGAGGAUUUGAAGGUGGGAAAUAUUUAAGUGUGUACAAAUAUACUGUAAA